CCCGGUUCUAUUUUGUUGUCGCACCUCCACGCAAUACACGCAUUUCCUUUUCACGGCAGAGAGAGAGCGCGGGGAAAUUUGACAGUGAUCGUAAACAUCAAGCGGCAUUACUCUUUUCUACAGUUUUCUACAGUUCAGCUUGUCCAAAUAGUUUGCUGUUUUAACAAACCCAAUAUGAGAACUGUGGAGGAGGUGCGGGCCACGCUGCAGAUCGCCAAGCUGAAGGAGGAGGAUCUGCAGGAGACGAUCCACUGUCUGUCUUUUGGAGAGGGAGUCUCAUCCACAGACUACUGCCUGAUGGAGCUGGACGACACGCUCUGCAAACACAUAGAGGCUGGGGAAAGUCUAGUGAUUCGAGGGGAUAAGGAUGAGCGCGCCGUGCUGUGUAGCGGUGACAAGACGUACGAUCUGAAGAUAGCUGACACGUCCAACCUGCUGCUGUUUGUGCCAGGAUGCAGGACGCCGGACCAGCUCACCAACAGCCAGGGAACCUCCCAUCUGGUGCACACACAGAUCUGGGGUUUCUGUAACAGUUACUGGGAACUGAGGAAACAGCGGCCCAAACUGAAGAAGCUGAAGAAGCUUUUGAUGGAGAAUCCUUACGAGGGACCUGCUUUAGCGGGACAGGAAGAGAACACAGAAAACAGGUACACAAUGCUGGAUCUGUUGGAGAGGAUCCAGGCCAGUGAGGAGGAGAUACAGACCCAUCUGCAGACCAUCCAUGCCUGUCAGAUAGAAGGCUACUGGCGUGUGCUGGACUUCGACUAUGAGAUGAAGCUUCUUGGUCAUGUGGCCCAGCUGGUGGACUCUGAGUCGUGGUCUUUCAAUAAGGUUCCCCUUGAAACCAGUCUGGAAGAACUGGGCCCACUGGAACCCAAAGAGAUGAUUGAGCACUGCUUGAACUGUUAUGGGAAACGCUUCACUGAAAAUGGUCAGGUGUUUUAUGCUCUGGAUGAGGAUAAAGUUUGCCGGGCCACGGCCCUGUUGCUGCUGCAGAACGCUGUCAAGUUCAACCUGAGGGAGUUUCAGGAAGUCUGGCAGCAGAGUGUGCCGGAGGGCAUGGUGACAAGACUGGACCAGCUGAAGAACUUAGCCCUGGUGGACCGCAGUUCUCACCCACAGACCAUCUCUCUGCUGCGGGUGGAGGAUCUGCCAGAGGACACGCUGGAGCGCUUCAACCACCUCUUCACCCUGCGAGAGAAGUGGACCGAGGAAGACAUCACUCCGUACAUACAAGACCUGUGUGGGGAGAAGCAGACCACCGGAGCCCUCCUCACCAAGUUCGCUCGCUCCUCGAUGCAAAACGGCAUCAAGGUCUUUAACUCCAGAAGGCCUGUAGCCACCUGAAGGCACCACCUGUCCAGCAGCACCUUUACAUUUUGAAGAUUAUGUGGUUGUUGUUAUUCCCAGUGUAAUUUUGCAUUGAUGGCACUGUAAAAUUUCUCUCUCAUGUUUGUUUUUCAUUCCCCCAAAUAUGCCUUCUUAAAAAUUAUUUAAACCAUAGGGCAUAGCUGGCAGGAAAUAACCACCUAAAAUCAAAAUGCUAAAGUAUACCUACUCCCCAAACCAGACUUGAUUCAGAUUUUGUUAUGCUCUAAUUGUGUUUGUAAAAAUGUUAUAUAUAUUGGUAAUAAAAUGAUCUCAGUUCUG